GCGGCAUCCCCGGGGAACACGCCCACCUAGCAACCCGGAGCCGCGCUGAAGCGUGGCACUGCGCCUUUAAUUCCCGGAUUAGAGGGGGGUGGAGAGUUUCCACUCCCUCGCUCCCUCCGCGGCGGUGGUGGCAGCAGUCACCUGUAAGGCGAGCACCGCGCGCGGAGGAUGGAGCCCGGCGCCCAUUGGACAGAACAUACGAGCAGAAACCUACCCCGAAGACUGGGGGCCCGGCGGGGUGGCGGCGGUGGGUGUACGCCGCGGCCCCCGGCGCCUUCCUCCUGGAGACACCUCGGCCCCGUAGCGUGGGCGUGACCGAGGUCCAGCUCCGGGGACACGCCUAUCUGGCCUCGGUGAAAACGAUCAGGUGAGGCGGACCGAGGCGGACGUGACUCCCGGAACCCCCCUCCGGCGCGUCCCAGCGGCUGCUGCGACGUCCACCGGCCCCAGCAGCCGGGAACCGGCGGGAGGGGGCGGCUCCCGCUCCCCUGCGGAGGGCACUGACCAUGGCGCUGGCCGCGGCCGCUGCCGCUGCGGCCGCCGGGGUGAGCCAGGCGGCGGUGCUGGGCUUUCUGCAGGAGCAGGGCGGGAAGGUGCGCAACUCGGAGCUGUUGAGCCGCUUCAAGCCGCUGCUGGAUGCGGGCGACCCGCGCGGCCGCGCUGCCCGCAGGGACCGCUUCAAGCAGUUCGUGAACGACGUGGCCGUGGUGAAGGAGUUCGACGGCGUCAAGUUCGUGGUGCUGAGGAAGAAGCCGCGGGCCCGGGAGGGAGCAGAGCCCCUGCCGCCCUGCGUGCCGCCCAGCACCCCUGGGGCACCAGCCCCUCCGUCGAAGAUCACUUGCGUCUCAGAGGGCGAAACCGCUGCCUCGGGGGCUCCAUCCUUGGCCUCGGCGCAUCAGUCGGUGGAACCACCUGAGGACCCGGCCCCGCCAUCAGAGCCCCAGGACACCCCCGGGCCUCCGGCCUCUGAGCCCACUCAGCCAACCGGGGAGCUGCUGUUAGGCUUGGUCCAGCAGUCAGGGGGGCCCUCCGACCGCGAGAUUCCAGCCUUUGAGCUAACCCAGCCCUCCGAUGGAGUCUCUGCAGACGUGGCCCCACCGUCUAGGGCACCAUCGGAGGAGGCCUUACCCCACGCCGAGCCGCCAGAUCCGGAACCUGAGCCUGGGGCGACGAAAGAGCCGCCGCCGAAGCCCUGCAUGCUGCCGGUGCGCUGCGUCCCGGGCCCCGCCGCGCUCCGGAUCCGGGCGGAGGAGCAGGGCCUGCGCAGGCAGUUGUCGGAGGAGCCGAGCCCGCGAAGCUCCCCGCUGCUGCUACGGCGGCUCUCCGUAGAGGAGUCCGGCCUGGGCCUCAGCCUGGGCCCUGGCCGCUCCCCGCACCUGAGGCGCCUGUCGCGCGCCGGCCCGCGCCUGUUGAGCCCCGACACCGAGGAGGUGCCCGCCGCGCCGCCGCCGUCCGCCGUGCCCCUGGAGCCCGCCGAGCACGAGUGGCUAGUGCGGGCGGCAGGUGGCCGCUGGACCCCUCAGCUGCACGGGCUGCUGCUGCGGGACAGCGGCCUGGCGGCCAAACGGGACUUCAUGUCUGGCUUCACGGCCCUGCAUUGGGCCGCCAAGAGCGGCGACCGCGAGAUGGCGCUGCAGCUGGUGGAGGUCGCGCGGCGUGGGGGCGCGCCAGUCGACGUGAACGCGCGCUCGCAUGGCGGCUACACGCCCCUGCACCUGGCGGCGCUGCACGGCCACGAGGAUGCCGCCGUGCUGCUGGUGGUGCGCCUCGGGGCGCAGGUGCACGUGCGUGACCACAGCGGGCGGCGCGCCUACCAGUACCUGCGGCCCGGCGCCUCGUAUGCGCUGCGCCGGCUACUCGGCGACCCCGGCCUGCGAGGCUCUACCGACCCUGAUGGCACUGGCGGUGGCAGUCUUGCGGCCCGACGCCCGGUGCAGGUGGCCGCCACCAUCCUGAGUUCCACCACCAGCGCGUUUCUGGGCGUCCUGGCCGACGACCUGAUGCUCCAGGACCUGGCUCGCGGCUUGAGGAAGUCGAGCUCUGUCAGCAAGUUCUUGGGUGCCUCGCCCUUGGCUCCUCGUAAAAAGACAAAGACCCGUGGUGGCCUGCCGGCCUUUUCGGAAAUCUCUCGUCGACCCACUCCGGGGCCCUUCGCUGGUCUGGCGCCCAGCCUGCCCCCAACAACCUGAUGGUCCCUGAGGCUACGGCCUUGUUGAUCUUAUCAGGCCUGCCCCUCAGUCUAAGCCUGCCCAAGAUGGCGGCCCGACACCUGCGGCUGCAUCCUGUUUCCAGCUUUGUCCACUGCCGCCUCUUUUACCCAGGUGGGCCUACGCCUCUAGCUUCUGUCUGAAGCUUGACAUAUUUCCAGAGAUGGGGUUCGGGAUGCCAGUGAGAGCCUCAUACGAAGAACGCCAAAAGUCAGGCUUGAACUUUGGAGGAGACUUGAAAUUUAGGAUCCCACAUUAAGGGGCAGCAGCUGGUCUGGCCCCUUGAAUGAGUUAAUCCAAUGCUUCUGCAUCUAUACGCUCCCAAGCCAGAAUUAGAGCAAGGGUCUCUUUAAAUGCGUGAUGUCGGGUUGUUUGUCAGCUUUAAGAUAUGUAGUGAUUUUGUAAUUUGAUGCUUUUAUCACGUUUUUAAAUUGAAAUGAGGUAAAAACUUUCAUAGCCUUUUGAAAUUAUAUUUUUCCAUUUUUAGGCAAAAUGCUCAGACAUUUUCAAUCUUUUGCUAAAUAUUUUGAAAUUCUAUUAAAAAAAUAAAUGAUCAAGAUCUAAAGGAAAUUAGUCCCAAGUAACUAAACCCUUAAACAUUUAUCUACCUCAUUUUAGGCAGUCAAGAUUCUAGAGUCUUGAACAUAGAAUAACCAUUGUGACCAUUGUGAAUGUAAUUAAUUCAGUUGUACUGUGAAUGCUAAAUAUUAGGAAACAAGUGCAACUUGGGAGUAAAGGUCAUUUAACGGGAGAAAAGAGACAUUUUGGCAAAUACUUUUAAUUUUGGGUUGUCUUUAUGGUGAAAUAUAAAUAUGUGUCUUCGGCACUGUUGAGUGGUUAUUUUGAUUUGGCAUGAAUAUUUAAUUUUUUUAAAGUGUGAUUUAUUUGUGAAUUGCACCACUGUGCCCUGUUUCUGAACCUGUGGUUUUCAAUCUGAGCCUUUCAGUGCAGUAAGUGAAUAUUUAAAGAAAAAAAAUGUAACAGCAUUACACCAGAAAAAUAACUGGUAAAUAGUAAUGGGUGUAAUUAAGAAGCAACUACAUUGGGGGCCACCCUGUAGCAGAGUGGUUAAGUUCUUCUGCUGGGCUUCUGCGGCCCAGGGUUUUGCUGGUUUGAGCCUGGGCGCGGACAUGGCACCACUCAUCAAGCCAUGCUGAGGUGGC